CGAGGAGAACCGCGACCACCCGGAGAUUCUCAACAUCAACUGCGUCGACCCCCUCAACCGAUCCGCCCUGAUCGCCGCGAUCGAGAACGAGAACAUCGAGCUCAUCAAGCUGCUCCUGGAGCUCGGGAUCCAGGUCAAGGACGCCCUGCUGCACGCGAUCAAGGAGGAGUACGUGGAGGCCGUGGAGAUCCUGCUCGAGUGGGAGGAAAGGAUCCACGUCCCGGGGCAGCCCUACAGCUGGGAAGCCGUCGACCGGUCCUCCUCCAACUUCACCCCCGACAUCACGCCGCUGAUCUUGGCGGCGCACAAGAACAAUUACGAGAUCCUCAAGAUCCUGCUGGACCGAGGGGCCACCCUGCCGACGCCCCACGAUGCUCGGUGCGGAUGCGACGAGUGCGUCACCUCGAGCGAACAGGACUCCCUUCGCCACUCCCAAGCUCGCAUCAACGCCUACCGAGCCCUGACCUCGCCCUCCCUGAUCGCCUUGUCGUCGAGGGAUCCUCUGUUGACGGCCUUCGAGUUGUCCUGGGAGCUGAGGCGACUCAGUCGCAUGGAGCAGGAGUUCCGCUUCGAGUACAACGAAAUGCGCGAGCAGACCCAGACCUUCUCGGAAUCCCUGCUGGACCACGCCAGGACCUCCCACGAGCUGGAAGUGAUGCUCAACUACAAUCCCUCCGGAGACAACUGGGAGCCAGGGGAGCGACAGACCUUGGAGCGACUCAAGCUGGCGAUCAAGUACAAGCAGAAGCAGUUCGUCGCGCAUCCGAACGUCCAGCAGCUCUUGGCGGCCAUUUGGUACGACGGACUGCCCGGUUUCCGCAGGAAGAGCAUGAUCGGUCAGCUGAUCGAGGUCGGAAAAUUGGGGGCCAUGUUUCCGGUCUACAGCUCGAUCUACAUGAUGUCCCCCACCUCGAAGAUGGGCCUCUUCAUGAAGAAGCCUUUCGUCAAGUUCAUCUGCCACUCGUCCUCCUAUGCCUUCUUUCUGAUGCUCCUGGGAAUGGCUUCCCAGCGAAUCGAGUACUUGGUCAUCGAGCUCUUCGGCAACGCCUGGAUGAGGGAAAUUCUCGCGGGCUGGAAGAGGAGGGAACGAGGGUGCAUUCCCGGGUUCGUCGAGUCCGGCGUUAUUCUAUACGUGAUCAGCUUGGUCAUCGGGGAAAUCCGGUCUCUUUGGUCCGACGGGCUGCUCGAGUACAUAUCGGAUCUGUGGAACAUCGUGGAUUUCAUCCAGAACACCUUUUACGUCAUAUGGAUCGGCCUGAGGGUUACCGCGUGGCUCAUCGUUCAGAGGGAAUAUUGGAGCGGAGAAGAUCCCUGGUAUCCGAGAGACCAGUGGGAUGCCUACGACCCCAUGCUCCUGUCCGAAGGCGCAUUCGCCGCCGGAAUGAUAUUCAGCUUCUUGAAACUCGUGCACAUAUUCAGCGUGAAUCCUCACCUGGGACCGCUUCAAAUAUCUCUGGGCAGAAUGAUCAUCGACAUCAUCAAGUUCUUUUUCAUCUACACACUCGUGCUCUUCGCCUUCGGCUGCGGGAUGAACCAGCUGAUGUGGUACUACGCGGACCUCGAGAAGAUGAAGUGCUAUCACAUGCCGAGCGGAUUGCCGGAUUUCGAUAAUCAGGAGAAGGCUUGCUCGAUAUGGCGAAGAUUUGCCAACCUCUUCGAGACCUCGCAGUCCUUGUUCUGGGCGAGUUUCGGAAUGGUGGAUCUGAUGUCCUUCGAUCUGACGGGCAUAAAGAGCUUCACGAGAUUCUGGGCACUCCUCAUGUUCGGCUCGUACUCCGUGAUCAACGUUAUCGUGCUGCUCAACAUGCUCAUUGCCAUGAUGUCGAACUCUUAUCAGAUCAUCUCGGAAAGGGCCGACACCGAGUGGAAAUUUGCUCGAAGUCACCUGUGGAUGAGCUAUUUCGAGGACGGCGACACGGUUCCACCCCCCUUCAACAUGAUUCCCACCGCCAAGACCUUCGACAAGAUUUUAAAAUGCGGAAAGGGUGGAAAGCCCACGAAGUCGUUUAUAAAAAAGAACCGGGAAAAGGCGAUGGCGAGGCACGACACGGUGAUGCGACUCCUGAUUCGUCGCUACGUGACGGCGGAGCAACGCAAGCGGGACGAGUUUGGAAUCACCGAGGACGACGUCAUGGAAAUACGUCAAGACAUCUCCACCUUGCGUUACGAGUUAAUAGACAUUUUGCGGCAAAACGGCAUGAGGACUCCCCAACUCGACAAAACGGAGGCGGCGCUGUCCGGGAAGAAGGGCCGCGUGAUGGAGCGCCGCCUACAGAAGGACUUCCAGAUCGGCAUCGUGGAGGGCAUCGUGAACGCCGUGAUCCAGAGCGAGAAGGAGCCGAAGGACGUGUUCAGCCAGAUAGCCCGGGCCAUAGGUCGACGGAGCAGCAGCACCACCAAGAAGAAGGACUGGAACGCCGUGGUGAGGCAGAACACGAUAGCCCGCGACCCGAUCGGGAGCACGACCGAGGCGGUCCAGCGGCAGACCAGGCGCAGUCUUCGCCGACACCUGCAGCAGAAUCCGGACUCGAAUCUCGCCUCCAUGGACCCGGAGCGCAUCCUCGACUACAACCCCAACCUCUCGGUCGUCUCUCCGACCACCAGGAUCGCCUACGCCAAGUUCAUGCUCGGCAGGAGACUGGGCGCCGCCGACGAGGAGAGCGAGGACAAGCCGGAGGGAGAGGGGAAGAGCCCGAGCACGUCGCAGCGUUCGAGCGUCAGGGUGAGGAUAGCCGACACGGCUCGGCAGCCCUCGACGGGCUCGCUGGUCGCCGCUAACGGCGCGGGCACGGGCGUCAAGAAGAGCCUGCUCAAGGCCCUCAGCGCCGCCAGCCUCGAGAAGGCGGCCGAGAAGGCGACCGAGAAGGCGACCGAGAAGGCGACCGAGAAGGCGACCGAGAAGGCGACCGAGAAGACGCCGCCGGUGGAGCAGAGGUCGACCGAGUUCCGCGCGCCCACGCCGAUCCCCGAGGACCCCAGGGAAGACGAGGCCGCCAAGUCCACUCCUCUCAAGGAGGCUCCGCGCUCCCCCGAGGGGAAGUCGAACGAGAAGCCGGAAGAAGCACCCGACGACGAGGAAAAGAAGAAGAAGGCCCCGCCGGCGAAACAGGAGGAGGAACAGGGCCCGAUCGCUACCACCAAACUCAGGGGCAAGUCCAAGGCGACCGGACAGAUCAUGGGAGGGUGGAUCUAGACGGGGAUCGGCUGCUACGACGGUUUCCGUUUAUCUUACCACGGAGGGGACCGGGCUUUCUAAUUUAUAUAUUUCUAGGAUCGAUCGGCGGAUGACGAGGACACCGAAGAUUCGAUGGUGACUUUCUGGGGCGA